GGGGGAGGCGUGCGUGUUUGGAUCCCUUAGGCGGCUGUGGACCUCUGCCUGCAUUGGAUACGGAGGUUUGACUGUAGCUACCGGAGCUGGGACCCGCGGCGCCUAAAGAUGCUGAAGGGGGUCUGGUUGCUCAGUGUGUUGACAGUGGCUGGGAUCUCGCCCACGACGGAGAGCCGCAAGCCCGCCAAAGACAUUUGCAGCCGGAGUCGCUGCCCCUGCGAGGAGAAGGAAAACGUGCUGAACAUCAACUGCGAAAAUAAAGGCUUCACCACCGUCAGCCUGCUGCAGCCGCCCCCCUCCAAGAUCUACCAGCUCUUCCUCAGCGGCAACGCCCUCACCCGCCUGCACCCCAAUGAGUUUGUCAACUAUUCCAACGCCGUGACCCUGCACCUGGGCAACAACGACAUGCAGGAGAUCCGCACCGGGGCCUUCAGUGGCCUGCGGACCCUCAAGAGGCUGCACCUCAACAAUAACAGGCUGGAAGUGCUACGGGAGGACACCUUCCUGGGUCUGGAGAGCCUGGAAUACCUGCAGGCCGAUUACAACUACAUCAGCGUCAUCGAAGCUGGGGCCUUCAGCCAGCUCAACAAGCUGAAAGUGCUCAUCCUCAACGACAACCUCCUGCUGUCCCUGCCCAGCAAUGUCUUCCGCUUCGUCCUGCUCACCCACCUGGACCUGAGGGGUAACAGGCUGAAGAUGUUGCCAUUCGCCGGCGUCCUGGAGCACAUUGGUGGGAUCAUGGAGAUCCAGCUGGAGGAGAACCCUUGGAACUGCACCUGUGAUCUGCUCCCCCUCAAAGCCUGGCUGGACACCAUCACCGUCUUUGUCGGGGAGAUCGUCUGUGAGACACCCUUCCGGCUGCAUGGGAAAGAUGUGACCCAGCUCAGCCGACAAGACCUCUGCCCUCGGAAAAGUUCCAGUGACUCUCACCAGAGGGAAAAGCACCCUUCCCACUCAGACACGCACAUCCAGAGGCUCUCACCAACGGCCAACCCUGCCCUCAGCCCCACUAGAGCCCCGAAAGCCAGCCGGCCACCCAAAAUGAGGAACCGUCCAACGCCUCGGGUUACGGUGUCAAAAGACAGGCAAAUUUUCGGACCUAUCAUGGUUUACCAGACCAAGUCCCCUGUGCCCAUCACCUGCCCACGUGGCUGUGUUUGCACUUCACAAAGCUCUGACAAUGGUCUAAAUGUGAACUGCCAAGAGAAAAAGAUCAGUAACAUCUCAGAUCUCCACCCCAAGCCCACCAGUCCAAAGAAACUUUACCUUACAAGUAACUAUCUACAGGUUGUUUAUAAAAUGGAUCUCCUUGAAUACAGCUCUCUGGAUUUGUUACAUUUAGGAAACAACCGGAUCGCAGUGAUACAGGAAGGUGCCUUUAUAAACCUCACCAGUUUACGCAGACUUUAUCUCAAUGGCAAUUAUCUUGAAAUUCUGUACCCUUCUAUGUUCAAUGGACUGCAGAGCUUGCAGUAUCUCUACUUAGAGUAUAAUGUCAUUAAGGAAAUCCUGCCACGCACCUUAGAUGCUCUGAGUAACCUUCAUCUAUUAUUUCUGAACAACAACUUGCUGAGGUCUUUGCCUGAUAAUGUGUUUGGUGGUACUUCCCUCACGAGGCUCAAUCUGAGGAACAACCACUUCUCACACUUGCCUGUGAGAGGAGUCCUCGACCAGCUCUCGGCUUUAAUUCAGAUAGACCUCCAAGAAAAUCCUUGGGAUUGCACAUGUGACAUAAUGGGGCUCAGGAACUGGAUAGAGCAUGUCACUGAGCAGAACAAUCAGCAGUCAGGUCCCCCUGUAGUUAUCAAUGAGGUCAUAUGUGAGUCUCCAGCUAAGCACUCAGGAGAACAUCUGAAAUUCCUGAGCAAAGAGGCCAUCUGUCCAGAGAACCCUAAUCUGUCAGAUUCUACUCUCUUCUCUAUGAGUCAUAACACAGACACACCACAGUCCCUUAGUGUCUCACCCAGCUCCUAUCCAGAAAUACACACCGAAGUUCCACUCUCUGUCUUAAUUUUAGGCUUGCUGGUUGUGUUUAUCUUGUCUGUCUGUUUUGGGGCAGGCUUGUUCGUCUUUGUUCUGAAACGCCGAAAGGGAGUGCCAAGCGUGCCCAACAGCGCAAACAACUUAGACAUAAGUUCAUUUCAGCUGCAGUAUGGGUCUUACAACAUGGAGAGCCACGAUAAAACUGAGGGUCACGUUUAUAACUACAUCCCCCCUCCUGUCGGGCAGAUGUGCCAAAACCCUAUCUACAUGCAGAAGGAAGGGGAUCCAGUUGCGUACUACAGGAACCUCCAUGAGUUUAGCUAUAGCAAUCUUGAGCACAAAAAGGAAGACUCAGCCAGCCUUGCAUUUACAAUCAGUGCGUCUGAAUUGCUGGAAAAGCAGUCCUCGCCAAGGGAACCAGAGCUGCUGUAUCAAAACAUUGCAGAGAGGGUCAAGGAACUCCCCAGUGGAGGGGUUGUUCAUUAUAACUUUUGCACCUUACCCAAAAGGCAGUUUGCUCCUUCCUAUGAAUCCAGACGCCAAAACCAGGACAGGAUAAAUAAGACUGUUUUGUAUGGAACUCCCAGGAAAUAUUUUGCAGAACAGUCUAAACCCGAGCAUCCUUUGCUGCAAGGAAAGCUACAAACGGAACCAGACUACCUCGAAGUUCUGGAAAAACAAACUGCAAUUAGUCAACUGUGAGGGUGGAUUAGGGGGAAGAGGAGGCAUUUUAAAAGGGUCUUAAAAGUCAAAUUUGAUUGAUUCAGUACUCAAUACCAAUGUGAUUUGUCACAUUCUCAACAUUUCCACUUUUUAAAUUCUGAAAACAAGCAAACUCACCCCCCUUAUACUAUGCUGGAGGUAUGGUGUUGCUUUUGCAAAAGUAUCUUUAAGUUAUUUCUACUUCUUUCUUUUUUUCCUCCUCCCCUUAGAAACUGUCUCUGCAAAUGAAUGUUUCAACAAUAGAUUUUUGCAUAAUUCUUUUUUUUUUGAGAUGGAAGGAAGGGGGCCUUUUUGUUUUUUUCUUCAAUUAAAAGUGGAAAGGUAAUGUAUUAUGUAGAAGAUCUCCAAAGAUCUUUUUCCUGGACUAUAACUCUUUUUUGUAAAUAAUAAUAUACAAUACUGCUGUUUCAAUUACAAGUAUAGCUACUGGGCAUCACUUUCUUGUGUUAAAGUGCCUUUGCACUUUAAGUACAUUAUUACUUAAUUGUUGCUCUUAGCUUUGAUAAAUUGAACCUAUUUUAAUGUGUUGUAUUUUUGAAAUUAAAAAAAAAUGUAAAAUAGAUCUAUAUGUCAGCUGCAUUAAAUCAAACAAUCUUGCUUGAUUAAUAGGAAGCCAGACCUUCUUUAAGGGAAUGUAGUUCUAGGACUUUAAAUAUUCAACUGGAAAUUAUUUGGGUUUUUUUCCCCACUUUGGGUUUGGUUUAAGUGAUUCAUUGAAAUCCACCAAGAGGAUUUAGCAAUGGACUAGAGGUAAUCAGCUGCCUCAGAUGGUAGUAACAGUUCAUUAAUAAAAGACAUUUAACAUGACAUCAUAGUGAACUGAACAAUUAAUGUCCCUUCUUAAUUCAUUACACUGCAGCUCUAACACAGCCAAUAAUGUUCAGUGGUUUAAGAUUAUUUUCAUACUUAAUAAACAUUACUCUACUUGUAAUAUAUAUUUCUGCAUUAAAUUAGAUAUUUUUAUACAUUUAACAACAGAGUUUAUUUUUCUAACAUCUUAUUUGAAAUUACCAGUUUGUUUUCUUGCCAGGUGUAGUACUUUUAAAAUAAGCAUGCACACCAGCAGGGGCCGCCACACAACCUCAUUAAACACACAGCCAUACAUAUAAAUGAAUAAACAAACUCUCAGAGAAAUUUCAGAAGUGGGAUUAGAACCUGGGUCCCCUCAGUCUGCUUGAGAUUGAUUGAUACAUUAUACUAACUUUCAGCACUGUGAACUAUUUCAUGUUUUCCCUAUCUAAAUAGAAAGUAACAGUGCAACAAUCCUAACCUAGCUUAUAACUCCUUCUAAGUACAGUAGUGUAAAUUUUUAGAGGGCUUUAUCAAUUAAUUACCUUUUAAUCUCAAUAUGGGUUUUCAUAAGAACAUCAGUAAACGUACUCAAUAUGUUUUCUGUUCUGCCUUUGACUUGGGCUUGUGUUACUUGAAUCUUUACCUUAACUUCUUAAAUGUACAUUUCUUUCCUUCCUGGAGAAUAUUGAAAACACUUUAAUUAACAAGUGAGAUAUACAAACUUUAUAGAGCCUUAGUAGCCUGUAAAUAAUUUUUAGAUUCAAACAUUGUGUGAUUUCAACAAACAGCCCUUAUUUACAACAAAAAGUUUUGUUUUGUCUAUUGUAAAUCCUUAUGCAACUGGGAUGGUGAUCUGCAUAUAAAGUAGGCCAGGCUUUUCAAUUCCUUAUUAAAGCAAUUGAUGGAGUCUGAAAGAAGCACACUGUUUCCUUUUCAUAAAUAGGUUGCUCCACAUAAUAAUCCUUUAUUAUCAUGCAGAGAUUGAAGUGGACUCUGCUGACUGAUUUUUAAAGCUUUACUAUAACUAAUGAUAUAUUAUCUGCAACUUUGAGGAAUUUUAAGCAAUAGAAUUUGGUUUUAAAUGACUGCAAUCUGUAUUAUUUUAAUCAGGACUUUUGCCAGCAGGAAGUAGCUUUAUAUUUAAGAAGUGAACAAGGUUUGCAUGUAUAGGGUCAAAUAUAUGGGUCAUUCUGCAAACCGUUUUCUAGUGAGUUAUGUGACAUAUGAGUACAUUAAAAUGCUAACAUGUCAAUUGUUUAUCUUUAGAGGCCGUAACUUCUAUUGCUGCUCAUUAGAUCAGGUUUAAAACUGAAGUGCUACAGUGAACCACUGAAGAAUCAGCCUUCAAAAUGGUCUCAUUUCAAGAAGGAGAAGUAUUAUCAUAUUAGUUGAAGUUGGAAUAUUUGCCUGGAAUAGCAUCGAUCUUUGGGUGAGAUACUUAUUUGAGAGCUGCCAAUAGUGUCGUUUUAGAUCUGUGACACAGGAUACAACUAAAUGGAUUUAUUGCUGAGAAAACUAGGAAAAUCAGGUGCAGGGAUUACUUAAAGUGACCGUUUUGUGAAGGGCUUUGCUGCAUUAACUCUUUCUAAAUUCCCUUUUAGUACUGUUUGCAAAGACUGGCACUGUUCUGUACCUGUAGUACUUUAGUAAAUAGUCUUCCUCCCUCUCCCAAACAGAGCAGAACCAAUGCUAAAUUUCCUUGUCUUCUGCAAAUUUGGGUUUUCUGUUCUAUAGUGGUUAAGAAUAACAUGGUAGCACUCAGAUUAUGAAUUCUUUUAGUAGCUAUUUAUGGUUCAAUUUUGAUAUUUGUUUUGCUUCCCUGAGUUUUGCACAUGGUUUGCCUUGAUGGCAAAGAGAGAUUUUUCAGGUAUUGUUUUUCUUUACAUUUUUUUGUUAGAUUUAUUAAUGUAUUUUAUUUAGUAAAUGCAUUUUGAUCAGUGCAA